GGAAUUGGUGAAGAUGGUGAGCAAAACCGAGGAAACCCAAGUGAACAGACUGGAGAACCAGGUGGACAAUGGAGGGGGAGGGGCUUGGGAGUACCUGUGUCUUGUGCGGAAGCUCAAGCUUCGACGAUCUGACAAGGUUUUGAAGCACGGAUUGUCCAUCUUGAACGACCCUACCAAGCGAUCUACCCUAGGCUCUGAAGAAUGGACUUUGUACGAGCAGGUUGCUAUUGCAGCUAUGGACUGCCAAUGCCUUGAUGUUGCGAAGGACUGCAUAAAGGUCUUGCAAAAAAAAUUUCCCGGGAGCAAAAGGGUUGGUAGGUUAGAAGCAAUGUUGCUUGAAGCAAAAGGAUCCUGGGCCGAGGCAGAAAUAGCAUAUUCAAGCCUUUUGGAGGAUAAUUCAAUGGAUCAAGUAAUUCAUAAGAGGAGGGCAGCUAUGGCAAAGGCACAAGGCAAUCUUUCAGGGGCCAUUGAAGGGCUAAAUAAAUAUCUUGAAAUAUUUAUGGCUGAUCUUGAUGUCUGGAGGGAACUUGCUGAAAUAUACGUCUCUCUUCAAAUGUACAAGCAAGCAGCUUUCUGCUACGAGGAGCUAAUCUUAUCUCAACCAACAAAUCCAGUGUAUCACCUAGCCUAUGCCGAUGUGCUUUACACACUUGGCGGUCUGGAAAACCUUCAAUCAGCUAAGAAAUAUUAUGCGUCUGUCACAGACUUGACUGGUGGCAAGAACACCAGAGCACUUUUCGGUAUUUGCUUGUGUACAUUUGCCAUCGGACAACUGACAAAAGGGCGUAACAAGGAGGAGAAAGAUAGUUCAAACUUGCAAUCUCUAGCAGCUACAGCCUUGGAAAAAGACUACAAGCAGACCGCUCCCAACAAGCUUUCUUUGCUCAGUUCAACCUUGAGAAGCUUAAAACUUUCAUCAUAACUAUUUCCCUAUUAUUGAAUGGUAGUUCUAAUUAUUGCCUCCCACUCCAAAUCAAAAGGGGUCAGGGCUAUUGUUUAGUAAAAUUUCCCAUUUUUGUUGAAUUUUGAACUAUUUUCUUACUUUUUCUUUCGUGUGUCGUUUUGAGUUCUUGUUCUAGUACGAGGAUGUGGCAUAUUUCAUUAUGAAUGUAUUUCAUUAUGCAUUCAUAAAGGUGUUUUAAUUUUCAUGUUGUUUGUGCUCA